AAUCUGGUACCUCAAGGCUAGGGUCACCCAGACUCACCGACUCACUGGGAGACGAUGCCAGGGGGUCUAGAAGUCCUCCGAGCCCUGCCUCUCCUCCUCCUCCUCUUCUCCGAAGCCUGCCUGGGUACUGGAUACCAGGCCCUGCAGGUAGAAAGUGGUCCACCAUCCCUGACGGUGAACUUUGGCGAGGAGGCCCGCCUCAUCUGUGAAAACAAUGGCAAGAACCCUAAUAUCACAUGGUGGUUCAGCCUUCAGUCCAACAACACAUGGCCCCCAGUGUCACUGGGUCCUGGCCUGGGUCGCACAGGAGAGUUGAUCUUCUCUGAAGUAAACAAGAGCCACAGGGGCUUGUACUGGUGCCAAGUGACAGAAAACGACAUAUCGAAACGUUCCUGCGGUACUUACCUCCGAGUGCGCAAGCCAGUCCCUAGGCCCUUCCUGGACAUGGGGGAAGGCACCAAGAACCGCAUCAUCACGGCAGAAGGGAUCAUCUUGCUGUUCUGUGCAGUGGUGCCAGGGACACUGCUGCUAUUCAGGAAGCGGUGGCAAAAUGAAAAGUUUGGAGUGGACAUGCCAGAUGACUACGAAGACGAAAAUCUGUAUGAGGGCCUGAACCUUGAUGACUGCUCUAUGUAUGAGGACAUCUCCAGGGGACUCCAGGGCACCUACCAGGACGUGGGCAGCCUCCACAUUGGAGAUGUCCAGCUGGAGAAGCCAUGACUGACACCCCCCACCCUUCCCCUCCCAGUCCUGCUGUGCUGUCCCCUACCUGCCAUAUGCCCAACUCAGCAUCCCUGCUCUCUGAUCUUUCCCUAGGGUCCCCCCUUCCCAGUGCUUGUCCCUCUGAAGUGUCCCAUCCUUGCCUCCAGGCUACCCCGCCCUAUUCUCCCACCUAAUCUUGUCCUUCCCCACGUAGGGUUCCCUCGCUAGUGGGUAAUGAGCCCUUAAUCGCUGCCUCUAGGGGAGCUGAUUACAGCAGCCUCGUUAGUGUCACCCCCCUCCUCCCAGAUCUGUCAUGGCCACUUAAGUGAUAAUAAAUCCUUCCCAAAGCA